AUGCUCGAUGAUUUCGUACAGCACCCGAACGAAGCGAGCGGAGUAAAAUCCCAGAAGAUGGUAGAUGAUAAUGGCUGGCAAUCAGAUCCAAACGUGCAGGCGAGUGCGUCAUCUCAGCGUGUUCCCUGGCUAACAGCACAGCAGUUGCUGGAGAUAGAGCACCAAGCCCCGCAAGAAGCUGGAGAUGGAAUGUUUGAGCUUACGCAGGUUCAAUUCACUCCGCCGUCGCACAUUGUUCAUCUCACCGUUAUCAACAACUUGAUAUACAUUCUCCUCGAAUCGGCGCAGAUACUGCGAAUAAAUCUGCUGCAGGCGGAUGUGAUAGACAGCAUACAGGUGCAAGUACAGGCUAUCUCUCCCAGUGCACGCAUCUACGCAGACGCUUCACUCAGGCACUUGCUCCUGGUAGACACCACCGUGCACUACAUCCAACCAGACAACAAACGCUCGAAGCAGCUCCCCAAGAUGUCCAAACUCACGCCCAGCUGUGUUCAUUUCGUCAACUCGAGGCAGUCGCUCUCCUCGGCUCUUGUUCUCGCAGGCACAGCCGAAGGCUCAGUGUAUCAGGCAGUGAUCAACCCAAAUCCCUCAGAUAUUUUCAGAAAGAAUAGCGAAGAGCGCCACCUGAAGCAACUUUUCUCGUUCAAUGAACCCAUCGUCGAAAUCAAUUCACAUGUCUACCCAGACCGCAAGAGUGCUCUCGCGAUAGUAGUCACCAGAUCGCGACUGUACACGUUCAUAGGACCAUUCGGUAAGAUAGACAAUGAUGGUGGUGUUGGCCUCGAGACGGUUUUCUCACAGUCGCCCUUCUCCAUAAAGAUCACAGACGGUGCAGAUGCAGGUGCGCAUACACAUACACUUGAGUCGCAUGCAUCUUUCUACUACAACACCACCAAUCGCAGCCCACACACGCACAGCCCGCGCGCUCUGUCGUGGCUAUGCGACAGAUCGCUCUACAACGCGUGGCUGGACACGGAGACGCGUAAUGCGGAGAAAGUUUGCGCAGGUGCGACGCUCACAGAGGUAGAGGGCGGAGUGCGAGGGGUGCUUCUCACCGCAUACCACUGUCUAUGUCUGUACAAUGGCGCGAUCAAGGCAUACCGCAUUCUCGACGGGGCCGUUGUGUGGGAUGAGCAAAUACCCAAGGGUAUUAGGGGGAUGGCGCGCGACAAUUUCCACCACACACUCUGGCUUUACUCUGACGACGCCAUUUACGAACUUACCAUCACUGAUGAAGACCGCGAUAUCUGGAAAGUCCAUCUGUGUAAACGUGACUUUGAAAAGGCGUUGCGAAGCAGCAAGAGCGCCGUCGAUCGUGAUGUCAUUCUCGGAAAGGAGGCUGAUCUUUACUUUGCUCAAGGCAAGUUUAUCCAAUCGGCUCAGAUUUACGCCCAGUCUACGUCUAAACCAUUCGAGAGCGUUGUGCUGCAGUUUGUGGAGGUCGACGAACGCGACGCUCUCAGAUACUACCUAAGCGCUAGAUUGGAACGCAGUAAGAAAACUGAAUUGACUCAGCGAAUGAUGCUCGCUACGUGGUUGCUGGAAAUAUACCUCGAUAAACUCAAUCAGCUCGACGAUCUUAUUAGCGAAAAUACCAACGAGGAUGCAGAAAAUGCCAGAAUGGAAUUAGAGAUGAUGAUGGAUGAUGUCAAGGUGUUUAUCAAAACGUAUAAGCAGAAUUUGGAUAAGAAUGUGGUAUAUAAAAGUCUCAAACUUCACGCUAGACUUGAUUUGCUGCUUGAGUUUGCGACGUGCAUCGACGAUUACAAAGUCAUACUCGAACAACACUCGUAUCAUUGCAGAUGGCGAGAUAUACUGCAUGUGCUGGCAGGACAGUCUGAUCUCGAGCUUCACUACAAGUACGCACCAAGACUGCUGCGCGAGGCUACGCAGCAUACCGUCGAGAUAUGGAAGCGGGAGCCCAGACUAGAUUUGAAGCGGCUGAUACCAUCUCUAAUACAAUGUGAGAAACUUUCCAAGGAGAGCAGAAUGCAUGCAACGAAGUACAUGGAAUGGAAACUUGAUUAUGACAGCGUGGACGAACCUAUAGCGUACAACGUGUACAUUACACUACUCUCCAAAGACGAAGAAAGGGAAGAAGAGCUAGUAGAGUAUCUCAAACGAACGACGACAGCUAGAUUUGAUAUGGAUUUCGCUCUCCGUCUGUUUCAUAAACGUGGACUUAAGAGGGCUACAAUACAGAUGUAUGCGCUAAUGGAGCUGUUCGACAGCAGCGUAGAUCUUGCUAUCGAGAGCGGAGAUCUAGAUUUAGCUACGGUGUAUGCGGAUAAACCGGCAGACGAUCCAAUCUUGCGCAAGAAAUUAUGGCUCAGGAUAGCAAAGGUGAUAGUGCAGGAUCGGAGGGAUAUAAAGAGUGCGAUGCAGUUCCUCGAAGGAUCAGAUGUGCUGCAGUUGGAAGACAUACUUCCAUUCUUCCCUUCGUUCGAAGUAGUGGAUGACUUUAAGGAGGAGAUAUGCAACGCAUUGGAUAGGUAUUCAUCGCGAAUUGAGCAAUUGUCGACGGAGAUGGACGAGACAGGACAUACAUCACAACGCAUCAAGGGUGAUAUGGAUAAACUCAAGGAUAGAAAAGUGGUCGUUGCUGCAGAUGAGAAGUGCGCCAUAUCAGGGAAAGCGAUAAGAGGGAGUGAAUUUUACGUGUUCCCAACGCAGCGCGUGUAUAGGGUGGAUGCGCUGAUCGAGAAGGUAGCGACAUACGCAAAGCCAGAGACGCUACGGAGGAUCGUAGAGUUGCAGGCGGAGAUAGAGGGAGUGAAAAACAUGCAUCAAGCGAAACCAACCAAGGCAGGAUUUAGUGGAGAGAGGCUUAGGGAGUUGGUGGUGCCUUCGACAAUCAAUCAGAUAUUUAACACGAACAACAAGACAUCUAAGAGGAAGGAUGUGGUUAAGCUGCGGAAAGAGCUCGAUGAGAUACUGUCCAAGUCAGAUCCGUUGGUGGAAGAGAGCGUGGUGAACGUAGACAAGCCAUUCAGAAGGAAUGAAAAGUGGGAGAUAUGA